AGCCUGUGCUCUUUGAGGCAACCGUUGCAGGUCGUGUUCCAGUGGACUGAAGUCCUGCCUUCCGAGGCGCCAAUCAAUCAGAUUACUCUGUGCAGAACGUGAGAGAGGAGAAACCAGACAUGGCCAGUCAAGUGAGCAUGUCAGAUGCUUCAAACACCGUGGCAGUGCAUUUUCAAUCCGGGGAGUGUCCGAGGAACUUGGAAGAGGCCACCAUCCUCUUCUCAAAGUUCGGAGACAUUGCUCGACUGGAUACCACCUUGGGUACGCUGACUGGUUUGAUCUUCGCGACCUUCUUUGAUGUGCGUGCGGCGCAGAAGGUGUUGCAGCACUAUGGGAUGUGCGCGGAGUCCUUCCAAGCUGCAGCCUACGACUUCCGCGCUCUGAGCAUCAGUACCUCUGCCUUCGCUGAGCUGCCCGCCCAAUUUGCAGGCUUCCACAGCUUCGGGGAGAUCGCAGGGGUGUCUGUGGACGGGGAGGACAUCGUGGUGGAGUUCUAUGACCUGCGAGCGGCGCAGCAGGUGGCCUUCUGUGUUCCUGGCAGCCGGCCCAAGAGGAGCGCCUCGCC